CCCAAAGGCACUGCACCCAGAACCCGAACCUGCAGCACUCGUGAAGCACCUGAUGUGUAGGCCGGCACAUCUGAAAAUUCACAGAAGAUGAUGCUAGCAACUGAGCCCCUCAUAGCAGCCCUCCUCGCCGCGCUAUUUCCUGCAUAUAUACUUUGGCGAGCACUAAUGCUACGCCCAGUUGUUCGCAUAUCCUCGCCUACGUCAACCGACUGUCAAACCCAUCUUCUUUCACAGUCGCUUCCGGGACGUUGGCAGCCACACUGUCCAGUACCAUGGAAAGAUGCAUGCGAUCAAGUAAUUUAGAUCCUUGCCUCUGCGCGUACGGAUUUAUACUGGUAGCCAACCUACUGGGUUCGCCGAGUAUCAACACACUGGCGGCCAACCUUCUGGGAAUUCGUAGUUUACUACCGCUCCCCGCGUUCCCACUGCGACAUCGAGAUUGUAACUUAUGUGACAGCUGACGGGGAGGCGUGAACGUGCACGGCGAUGUUACGAAUCUUACGUAGCGCAGUGAUCAUCAGGCCACGCUGGCAUGAAGACAGGCUCGGUGUCGAAGAAGGUCGUCUAUGGGUGUAAGUGGGUCCACGAG